AUGCUGAUCUUUUUCUUCUGUUGCAGAUCUCCAACCAUGCCGGCAGAGAUAAUGACGAACACUCAGCUCUUGAACCCGAAACAAGGGGGAGAUAUCACGUAUAAAGACAUGGUGGAAGAAAACCAGCCGUUAGGAGAAUCGCAGAUAGAGAAACUCUUCUUAGGUACCACGGUACUCCUGACAGGAGGCACUGGCUUCUUGGGGAAAUUGGUCGUUGAGAAGUUAUUGAGGUCAUGUCCUGGCCUCAAGAAAAUCUACCUAAUAGCAAGGCCAAAGAAGAAUAAGGACACCGCCAAAAGACUACAGGAACAGUUUGAUGACGUGCUUUACGACAGGUUACGCAAAGAAAAUCCGGACUUCAUAAAGAAGAUCAGUAUUAUAGAAGGUGAUAUAGGACAACCAGAUCUUGGCAUCAGUCCCGAAGACAGAAUCAAAAUCGCCAACGAGGUAGAAAUUAUCUUCCACGGUGCAGCUACGGUCAGGUUUGAUGAACCUCUGAAGACUGCAGUGGAGAUCAACGUUAGAGGCACCAGGGAGAUGUUCAAGUUGGCCAGGGGAUGCGGCAAGCUGAAGGCUUUUGUACACGUAUCUACCGCUUACAGCAACUGUCCACAGCAAGCUAUCGGGGAGAAGUUUUACGACAUGCCCUUAGCUGGGGAUAAGCUGAUCGACUUGGUUGAGACCAUGGAUGAAAAGAUAAUAAACAACAUUACUCCUGGACUGUUAGGGGAAUACCCGAAUACUUACGCCUACACGAAAGCUGCAGGUGAAGACAUAGUACAGACGUACUCCAAGGGUCUUCCCGUGGCUCUCUUCAGGCCUUCUAUCGUUAUUGCAACAGUGAAAGAGCCUGUAGCCGGCUGGAUCGAUAACGUGUAUGGACCUACUGGGGUGGUCGUCGGAGCAGCCGUUGGUCUUGUUCACGUAUUGAACUGCAACCCAAAAGCAAUAGCCGACUUGGUCCCAGGAGACAUGGUGGUGAAUGCCUGUAUAGCAGCUGCGUGGAAGACUGCCAAAGAAUAUCCAGCAAACCACGAAGACGCGCCCCCUCCGGAUCUUUCUCCUCCAGUUUAUAACUAUGUGUCUUCGGAAGAGAGGCCAUUGACUUGGGAGAGAUUCAUGAAAUACAACGAGAUUUACGGCUUCCAAGUACCGACGGUUCAGGCAAUAUACUACUACCUGUUCUACCUGACUGCCUCUAAGUUCAUGUACAACCUCUACUGUUUCCUCUUACACUGGAUCCCCGCUUAUAUCGCCGAUGGAAUCGCUAUUAUGAUUGGGAAGAAACCGAUGUUAAGAAAAGCGUAUUCAAAAAUAGCGAAAUUCUCCGACGUGUUGGCAUACUUCGCGACCAGAGAUUGGAAGUUCGACAAUCGCAAUGUUAAAAAUCUUUUCAAAGAGCUUUGCGACGCUGAUAAACAAAUCUUUGACUUCAACAUGGAGACCUUGGACUGGAACGAUUACUUCUACAAUUACAUUCGAGGUGUUAGAGUUUAUCUCCUCAAGGAUCCAGUAGAAACUGUACCAGCUGGUCUCAAAAAAUAUAAUAGAUUAAGGAUACUCCACUACACGUUCUGUUCCAUCUUAGUGUUGUUAUGCCUAAGACUAGCCUACGGGGUUUUGCACAGUAUUUUAGUAAGAUAUGGUGCUGAUAGAUUGAUAAGUAAAAGUGGCGACAUCUUCAUACAACAAAAUAUAGUACAGCGCCAUCUAGCGCAGUUCUGGUCAACUAAUUGUAAAAAUAUAGAUGUUAAGGCUGGUUUAGAAGAACCUAUACCUUCGUCGGUGGGACUUAAGUUUGUUGCUGAAAUUAACAAUUUAAAUGAGGAGGAUUGCGCAGUGGAUGUCUACCCGGAUGAAUGCUGCUUAUACAGUAAUGAUGACAAAUGUGAUAUUAUCGAGAUCAUGGGAGACGCUAGCGAUGUUAUUGCUGCAGGUGCAAUGAAAACUUUUACGAUGGUUGCUCCUCUACUAGAUGUCUACCAGAGAAGAGGAUAUUGCACUCUCUACAUUGACACCAAACCAGUGUCUCAGGUCAAGACUGCGGUGAGAGACACAGUAAAAAUUAAAUUUGAUACAAAACUGAAGAAAAAUACCCUUCCUAAAAAUGUUAAAUAUUGCAAACGCAUUGAUGAGGAUCCAUGGAAUGACUGCAAUCCCGUUGAUUGCGAUACAUAUUACAACGGUAGGAGAUCUUAUUUUAAUGCAAGAAAAAACCGUUGUAUUGAAGUGCCUGCUUGCUUGCCUAUUCAAAAUAGUCUUGUCUACAACCCCGUUUCUAAUAAAUGUAAUGACAAAUCAGCUCUUGGUAAAAAUGAAAUCGACUUCGUAAAAACAUUAACUAUGAAUCCUAAAAGAAGACUGACAAAAGAGGUGUUGAUUCUCUCAGUUAGCCCUGAUUUUGAUACAACGACUUUACCAUCUAAUGUCAGUUAUAAAGAAAUUGAUACAGAGCGUAUUUUAAACCCAGUACUCGAAGACCAUCCCACAGAACUGAAGGUACAAGAUAUGCAAGCUUUAAUAAAGCAGCAAGAACAAACUGACGAAAAGGCGAAAGCUAAAUCUAAAGCGAAUGCUAAAGCUAAGGCCAAGGCUGUUACCAACGCAAAAACCAAAGCUAAAGCCGCGGCAACAGCUACGGCUAAAGCUGUGACAAAAACAAAGGCUAAAGUUGAAGCUCAGACUAAGCAAAAACUAGAUAUGGUUAAAAGUAAUGUCAAUAAAGCAAAAGCACAAGCAUUAAGAAUAGGAAAACUAGUAAAAUUACUUAAGUAUUUAAAAUGCAACAAGUAUACUGUUUUGGUAUUAUUUUGCGUUUGUCUUGUGCAAUGUUGUUUCAUUUGUACCUUGGUGUACUGUAUGACUAAAAACUGUCUAUGUGGGAAGAAAAAACAGGUCGUUCAUAAAUAUUUUAACCGUCAAAAUGAUGCAUCUAUUACUACUCCUUUGAUAGCAACCAGCAAUAUGGAUACUGAUACAACUGAAUGCCAAUAUAGGAGUGAAUCUUCUAAUUACAUUGAGAACAGAAUCAAGUGCUAUAAGGCUUGCCAAAAAGAUAGGACACAUAAUAUGAAGCUAAGUAUGUCUGACGAUAUUAUAUCUAAAUAUACUACACGACGAAGUUGGAAUAGAUUACCUAGAUCAGAAAUAAUUCCAGAAGCAAAAACUGAUGAAGAUUGCAAAAUAACUAAGAAAGUUCGAAGUGAUUAUCAGAAUUUCGCAGAAAUGAAAGUUAACUUUAUAGAUGAUUACCAAGAUAGUAAGUAUAAUGUUAGAAGAAUAAAUGUUAAGAGAGAUAAUAAUAACACAAAAAACAAUGAAAAACACUUAAGUGAUUAUUCAGAAAAACAGAUGUUUUGUCACAACAACAAUAUUGCAAACAACUCUAAAGUCAGUAUGAAAACUGUGCAAAAUUAUUCUGCACCGCGUAUAUCUGGUCAAAAAAAGCCUAAAACUGAUUCAAUUGAAAAGAGUGCACAAGCCUUUUUCUCAAAUGACUCUAUUGAUGAAUAUUUAUCCGAAAAAGGUAUUCUGUGUAUAGAUGAUAUAGCAUCUAAAUGUUCUUAUACAAGCACUUCAACUGCCGCCAAAAGUACAGCAACCAGUAAUUCUUCUAGAACAUCAAAAAAUAAUAUCGUGAAAAACUUUAUGAGUUUAUUGCCUAAAAAGGCCAUGGGUCCUUCUUCGGAUCCUGGUAUCAAGAAAACUUCUAGUGAUCUUGAUUUAGAACUGCUGUACGUUUCUAGAGUCUCCUUAUGUUCUAGCUUCGAAACGGAUGAAGGAAAAGACAUUAAGAGAACAAAAGGUGCAACGAAAACUUUUACGAUGGUUGCUCCUCUACUAGAUCUAUACCAAAGAAAAGGAUAUUGUAUGCUCUACAUAGACUCUCGACCAGUAUCCAAACCAAGAACAGUAGUGAGAGACAUGGUCAAGAUGAAAUUCGAUACGAAAUUAAAGAAAGAAUCUCUCCCUGAUAAUGCUAAAUCUUGCAAGCACUUUGAUGAAGAUCCAUUUCAUGAUUGUAUACCAGUUGACUGUGAUAUCUUUUACAAUGGCAAAAAGUCUCAUUUUUGUGAAAUAAAAAAACGAUGCAUGGAGGUACCUACCUGUUUGAAUCCUAAAACAAAACUAUUUAAAGUAGCAUACAAUCCCGUCUCAAAUAAAUGUAUAGACACUCCGGCUAUUGGGAAAAAUGAUCUUGAUUACAUAAAAGAGUUAAUAAAUAGUGAGAAUAAAAUAAACGGAAAUUUUUCGUCUAGUCUGAAUACAACUGCAUUAUCUAAUCAUCGAGUGGAAGAGGUAGGAUUUGGAACAGACCCAAUUAUUUCAACACAACAAACAACACGUAAAGAUAAAACAGUAAAGUAUAAAAAAGUAGACAUGAUGAUUCAAGAUAAACCUGAAAAAAACGAAAUUUUGAAUGUCCCAGGUCCUCAAUUUGACAAAUUGCCAAAACUUAGUAGAACAACUAAAUUACGAUAUACUGUUCAAAGAGCUAUGGAUAACAUAAAAAAUAAAGUUAAACUUAAGCAAAAGAAAAUAAAAAAAGCUAAAGCAACAGCUCUAACUGAAGCAAAAAAAAAUAUUGAAACUGUAGCCAAGGAGAAAGCUAGCACAAAACCAAAUCUGAAAUCUGAAGCAGAGAAACAAACUUCAAAACAGUUAACAGAUACAACCCAAUCUAUCAACGAACUGGAUAAAACAGUUUCUGAUACCAAGAAUAGGUUUAAAGGGAACCUACAAGUUUUAAUUAGCUGUUUGGAAUCCAAAAACUAUACGACAAUAAUGUUACCGUGUAUUGUAAUACUACAAUGCAUUCUAAUAUGUUUGAUGUUGUACUGCAUGAAUAAAAAUCGCUGUAAGAAAAAAAAACCGAUUGUCAAGAAUUUUUUUAACUAUAGACAAGAUGCUUCUAUUACAACUCCUUUGAUCGGAACUAGUAACGUAGAUACUGAGACUACAGAAUAUCAAUAUAUGAGUGAAUCUUCCAACUAUAUCGACAAGAAAAUCAAAUGCUACAAAGCUUGCCAGAAAGAUAGGAGAAAUAAUAUGAAACUAAGCAUGUCUGAUGAUAUUUUAUCGAAGUGCAUAAACCGAAGAGAUUGGUUAAGAGUACCUAAAUCUGAAACAAUACCAGAAGUAAAGACUGACGAUGAAAUAAAUAUGAAAAAAGAAGGACGCAAAGAUCAAAGUAAAAUUACAGAAAUAAAAGUUAACUUUCAAGAAGAAUAUCAAGGCAAAAAGGUCAAAGUUAUGAAAAGCAUUGCCGAUAAGUCUAUUAAUAUGAAUGGCAAUCCAAAACCACGCACUGAUUCUUCGGAGAGAGAAAUCCGUUGCCAUAGUUACAAUUCAAACGUAAAUACAAACGAUAUCCAAAAUGGUUCUUUUUAUAAGACAUUUGGUGUUUACAGGCAACAAACAAAAGAAACAAACUCAAUAGAAAAAGGCGCCCAAGCUUAUUUUUCAAACGAUUCUAUAGAAGAGUUUUUAUCUGAACGAGGUGUUCUUUUUAUAAGUGAUAAUGCUUCAAAGUAUUCGUAUACGAGUCUUUCAAGUGCAGCCAAAAGUACUAGUUCUAGUCAAUCAUCUAAAACAUCAAAAAACAACAUUGUAAAAAAUGUUCUUACUUUAUUAUCGAAGAAGGUGAAAGGCCCAUCGUCAGAUCCUGGUGUCAAAAAGUCUACUCCUGAUCUUGAUUUAGAGUUACUAAAUCUAUCUAGGGCUACUUUAUCGUCAAAUGCUGGGAACGAUGGAGGCAAAGGCAUCAAAAGGAUAAAAGACUCCAGAAGUGCAAAGAAAACUAUAACGGUGGUCGCUCCCCUACUAGAUCCUUACGAGAGAAAAGGUUAUUGCACCCUCAAAAUAGACUCUCGUUCAGUAAUUAGGCCAAGGGAUAUAGCAAGACAUACAAUCAAGAUUGGAUUCAAUACAAUCCUUAAAGAAGUGAACCUUCUUGACGAUAUCAAACUAUGUCAGCAGGUUGAUGAAGAUCCAUUAAAUGAUUGCAAACCAGUCAACUGUGAUACCUUUUACAAUGGCAAGAAGUCUCACUUUAGUGUUAUUAAACAGCGAUGCUUGGAGGUACCUACUUGUUCAUCUAGUAAGCAGCAAGUGUUUAAGUCAGUUUAUAAUCCGAUUACUAAUAAAUGUAUUCACAAAAGGGGUAUUACCAACAAUGAUCUUGGAUUUGUCAAAAAAUUAAUAGAACUUACAGCAAAUAGAAUGAGAAAAGAAGUAUCAUUGCAUAAUUACAAGCCUAAUGAAUUUACAGACAUAACUGAACAGUCAGAAGUGGACAUGUCUACAAAAGUCAAUAACAAAGAGGAGAAACAAGAAAUAUACAUAACAAAUGAUACGGUAAAGGCAAAACCUAAACAAAUUUGGAAAAACAAAUAUGAAGAAAGACUAAUCUAUUGCUUGAUGAAAAGAUGUGACUGUGUAAGAAACAGGACUGCUGUACACGAUUACUUUAAAACUAGACAUGAUGUUUCUAUUACUACUCCUUUAAUAGGGCUUAGUAAUAUAGGGACUAGUAAUAUUGAUACUAAAACUACAGAAUGUCAAUAUAUGAGUGAAUCAUCGAACUAUAUUGACAAGAAAAUUAAAUGCUACAAAGCAUGUCAAAAGGGGGACAGCGAUAAUUUGAAACUGAGUGUCUCCGAUGAUAUUCUAUCUAAAUGCAUUAAAAGACGAGACUGGCUCGCAAUGCCUAAAUCUGAAACAAUACCAGAAAUAAAACCUGAUGUGAAAAAAGAAAUUCAUGGUAAUCAAAAUAAAUUUACAGGAAUGAAAGUGAAUUUCCAAGAGAAAUAUCACAGAAAAGCUAUCGGCAAAACCAUUUUUAAUAAGGAUAUCUUUAACAAAAGCAGAGAUGAACUGAGUGAUUCUUCGGAGAAAGAAAUUCGCUGCUACGAUUACAAUUCAAGUGUUAGUACUAUUCUGAAUAAUUCAUUAUACAAGGGCUUUGGUGUUUACAGUUUGAAGAAAAAGAGUGUAGAUUCAACUGGAACACAUCCUAAUCCUUCAAACUGCUCUGUAAAUGAUUAUCAAUCUGAAAGAGAUGUUACAUACCGUAGUAAUAAUUUAUCAAUCUGUACCUAUACAAGUCUCUCAAGUGGUGCAAGUAGUCAAUCGUCGAAAACAUCAAAAGACGUCGCUAAAAAUGUCCUGAAAUUAUUAUCAAAAAAAGCCAAAGGGCGUUUAUCUGAUCCUGGUGUCAAAAAUGCUAACGUUGAGCGUUUGGAUUUACGAAACGUUUCUAGAAAUUCUCGUAGCGCUAAAACAUGUAAAACACGUGGUAAAAUUUUUGAAAAAUCUACAAGUUCACCAUAG